AUGUUAUCAUCCCAAGUGUCGUCCCAAGCACCACAAUCGUUAAUCUUAUAUCUGGUUGAGAUGCUGACAAGUUUACUUCUUUUACAAACCCAAUUCGCGAAUGCGCAAAGCAGACGAUGCUUCCUGUGCUCAGAUGCUAAUAUUGAAGUGGGGCUUGAGCUAGGUCUUGGCUCGUUUCUGAGUGACGAUGACGAUUGGGCGAUUGCAAAUGACUUCUUGUUGAGUGAUGAGGGCGCUGUUGAAGCGGUCAUCGAUCACGAUGAUCCGCUGAUUUGUUAG